AGAGGAGGAGGAGGAGGAGGAGGAGGAAAACAACAGCAGCUGACAGUGACAGUGAAAUAAAGCUGGCGGGGCAUCGGUGAGGGCAGACAGGCUCCGUUACCGGGCUGUUUGUUGGCAGGGGCCAGGUUGACUAACACACAGCUAACACACACACACACGCACACACAGCUAACCCUUUCUAUAUGUGGAGCAGCUAGCAGGAGCCAUGUUGUGUGUCUGUCAUUGAGAAGCUGUAAGCUGAUCAGUAACACUGAUGAGUGUCUAACGGUUCCUGCUGGUUGGCUGGGUGGAACUGCUGGGUGCUGUGACGACACUGUGUGAGGACACUGUGUGAGGACACUGUGUGAGGACACUUUGUGAGGACACUUUGUGAGGACACUUCGGGGACUUGCUGCUUUGCUCUGACAGCCAGUCUGCUGCUGCUGCUGGCCCGGCUGCAGAGACCAGGAUGUGACGCUCCUCUGCUGACCAACAAUCAGCAGCACAAUGUCUGUCAGCUGCCUGCUGAGAAACACCUUCAGGCUGGAGAGGAAACACGUGGCCGCACAUUUGGUCCAGCAGAGAGCGCUGUCCGGGGCCGACGCCGUCAACGCACUCAGACCCUUCUACUUUGCAGUCCAUCCUGACUUCUUCGGUCAAUACCCCAGGGAACGGGAAGUGAAUGAGAAUUCAUUAAAGAGGCUGAAUGGAUAUCUGGACAACCUGCAGAAGCCCGGCUCGCGCUCGGUGCAGCCAGUGAAGCUCACCUUUUACGUCAGGGACACAAAGGACGGCAGCGAUGUGCAGCCAGAGCUCCUCGCCUCGGGGUUCCGGCCAGUGAGUUUCACUCUGCAGACAAACGACGUCCUGAGCACGGUGAAGAAUGUCCUCAAGUCCUGCAGCCUGCCCACGGGGCACAUGGAGGGACUGGCAGCAAGUGCAGAGCCAUCCAAAAGUCCAGCGGAGGCGGGGCUGCCCUUCUACAGACCUAUCAGAUGGGACAAGAGCUACUACACCUUCACUGGGUUCCGAGACCCUGAGCAGGAGCUGCAGCAGGCCCAGAGAAUGGAGCCCACUCUGAUCUCAUGGCUGAGAAACAACGAGCCCGAGGCCACCAAGAAGUACAAUGCUAGUCUUCCUCGGAGAGAAGAGCUGAACAGACUGAAGAAGGAACUGUGUCACAACUUCCAUCUGGCUGAUAUCAGGUGGCAGCGCAGCUGGGGAGUGGCCCACCGCUGCUCUCAGCUUCAGAGUCUGAGCCGGCUGUCCCAGCAGAACCCCGAGGCCCUGAUCAACCUGCAAGGACACACCGUGGUGUUUGCCGACCAGUCGGGGAUGAACGCCUCGGGACACAUCAUGCUGGGAACCAUGGACGUUCAUCAUCAGUGGACCAAACUGUUUGAGCAGCUGCCCGGCUACCGCAGCCUGCAGCAGCAGACGGACUGGCUAAAGGAGAGGAUCAGCCUCCUGCUGGGUGGCACUCAGGUGGUCCACGUGGAGAGGCUGGGCCCGGUCCAGCCCAUCGCCGAGCACUACAGCACCCUCAGCACCUUCCACAAGACCCUGAUGUCCCGCCGGCUCCGCCUGCACCCCCGCAGCCUGCAGGGCCUCACCAUGCUGUUGGAGAACGACCGCUCUAACCCCAGUCUACACGAGAUGGGCCACUUCAUCAUCCCCGCCAACUGUGACCCCCCCAAGCUGCAGGUCUUCCUCCAGAGCCAGGCGCGCGAGGCCAGACAGCGCACGCAACGCAAAAACCAGCUGCAGGCGGAGGAGGAGGCUGCGGUGAAGCUGUGUCUCCACAGUCUGUCUCUGAGGAGUCUGUCCAAGGAGCCCAGCGUCAGCUCCAGCCAGAUGAUCCGCUGCUGCAAACGGCUGGUGGAGCAGCGCUCCCCCCUCACGCAGGGCCUCCACUUCUGUGUCUCUCACUUCUACUCGGUCAUGCAGGACGGGGACCUGUGUGUCCCCUGGGACUGGAAGAGCUGAGCUUGCAGUUGACACACACUCAAUCCGGGCGUUGGAGAGCCACGCUUGUAGCCGUUAAAUGUCGUUCAGGCAGUAAAUAGAAGUCGGUUCAAUUCCAAUGGAAUCCUUUAUUUAGUUGUUAAUUCAAGCGGUGGGGGCUUGUCCAAUAAGAAGCACUUUAUCCUCUUGCUAGAAAUAUGCAAAAUUAUUGACAAAAAAGGAAGAAGAAGAAACACAUUUCUGCUGCAUAAAAUUCAAAUGUUUUCUCCCAAAAUACUUGAGACAUUGACCUCUUCAAGAAUCAGGAAGUCUGAGAACCAAACAGUGUUUGGUUGAACUGGGAUGAGGGCUGUGGGACCAGCCCAAAAAGGUUGGGCACUAACUGGCAGUGGGACCGACCCAAAAAGGUUGGGAACUAACUGGCAGAGGUGCAAUACGACUCCUGCUUUAAGACGAGGGGGGUUGAGGCCUUGACAUAUGCACAAAGUUGACAAAGUUUUGUUGUUGUGUGAGAAAGCAUGGAAUAAUAAAUCUGGUAAUGGCACAACGUGCUCUAAACGUAGUAAAAUACGGGGGGGGGGGGGUUAUUACUCUGAUUGACAGACUUGACACCAGACAGCCGGAACGAGUCAGAACAGCGAACCAUUUGGUAGUGGAGUCUGACUACAUUGAGUCCCCCCCUGUUCUUUCAGUUCUUUUAUGGCAUUCACAUGAAAAGUGACAGAAGUAGUUGUGUGAAGAACUUUUGACUACUCCACACACCUGACCAAUCGCUGCGUGAAGUGGGUGUGAGGCUCAGACACAGCUAGGAAAAGAUGGCGUGGAGAAAUGAUCCAACAGCACCUUGUUUGAAGCACACUGGUGCCCUUUAGUGAUCUGUGGCAGCAUCGAAGGCUGAUUUGUUCACGUUGAAGUCAAACUGUAAAUAAAUACAUAGAUCACAUCACCAGACAAUCCAGGAACACUAACGAGACUUUAUAAAGAGAGUGUGUGUGUGUUUGCAGCUGUUUUGGAUAUAAUGGACUUUACAUAAGCUGGAGUCCAGAGUUCUCAGUUAUUUGACACACACACAGCUUGUGAUCUAGAUUUGAUACCAUUUCUGUGAAAACAGGGGGCGGGCCCCGUUGGGGCCCCCCUUAGUUCCAGUCAACCCCAUUUUUCCCCCACUAAUCUGGCUUUUCCUAACUGAUAGUUUUUUUUUUUUUUUAAGUUCUGAAUUUCAUUAUCUGAUCUCUCAUCUGAAAUGUUGUUUGUUGUAAAAGCACUUAAACUUUUAUUUGAUAAGUGCCAUUACAUAAAUAAGUUAUUCUCAUCAAAUAUGCUUAGUACUAACCUCCUGUACAUUUAGAUCAAGUAUUUCAAAUAAUUGUCAAAAUGUGCUUAUUACAUUCACUGUGAUUCUAUGUCCACUGUAGUAUUCAAGAGCCACACGUGUCAUACAGUAAAUAAAAUUUAUUUCAUUGUUCAGACAA